AUGGGCAUGCGCAUGCCUUCCUUCGAAGUCUCCAUGAUCCUCGUCAUCCUUACCUUUUUAAGCCUCAACAAAGAAGGCAGUACUGCAACUUUCCUGGAUUAUUACUGCUCAAACACCCCUACUUUCACUCCCAACAGCACCUUCCAAUCCAAUCUCGCUCAACUCCUCUCUUCCCUUUCCUCCAACGCCAGAUGCAAAGACGGUUACUACAACAACACCGUCGGCGAAAACACCGCCGACGCUGUCUACGGCCUCUUCGUCUGCCGCGGUGACCUCACCGUCCAAGACUGCGUAGAUUGCGUGGCAGGUGGAACCCAAGAUCUGAGUCUGCAGUACUGCGUUAGAGGAAAACAGGCCGUGAUCUCGUACGAGGAGUGCAUGUUGCGCUACUCAGACGAAUAUUUCUUCUCCAACAUGAACACGCAGCCAAGCCUUUACCAACUGACUAAGUACAAUCUUUCUGAUCCAGCUCGCUUUAACCAGUUGUUGAUGGCAACGACGAAUGGCUUGGUAAGCCGGGUUUCAAAUGCCGGAAUCAGUGGUGCCAAAAAGUUUGCCACAAAAGAAGCAAAUUUUACGGGGUCUCAAAUACUCUACACACUUGAGCAGUGCACGCCUGACAUAUCCAGCUCUGAUUGCAGUAAGUGUAUACAGGAAGGGAUAACGUUAAUGCAGGAAUGUUGUAGUGGAUACCAAGGGGCAAGAAUUAUGUUUCCUAGCUGUAGAAUCAGGUUUGAACUGUACCAGUUUUACCGAAUGCUUAAUAUUGUUACAAAUUAA